CACCCAACGCCUAUCCAACGCCUAUCCGCGGCUACAUCUUCGUAACCUAACAACAAACGGGACCCUUUCUCUCGUCAACCAAGCCUGGCCUGCCUUGAAAUCUACGCAAUGAGCUCGCCAGAGCAGGAUGUAUGUCUGAAGGGAAAGGGAGGCCAGCGCGCCUUGGCUGGCCGCACAUGGUCGUCUGGACGCCGCCUCACCGAGUCUCAGCGUGCGAGGAAACGAGAGCUCGACCGAAUCAGGAGCCGGCAGCACAGACUGGCAAUGGUGAACCGCGUUGCUGACCUAGAAGCCAAGCUCCGACUCGCUGUCGCAGGCGAGUCAGAUGAUCGAUCCGAUAAGGCAGAUUUGCUUGUGCAACAACAUGAGCUUUCCAACUCGCCGCGGAAUCACACGGGGUUAGCUUCUGCACACUCUUUCGGCCACAAUUCUGAGCACCAGAUGUACAACAACAGCACGGUGGAAUCGGACAGCUUUGUCCUAUCCCAGUGUUCUGUGGACAUAUUGCCGGCAGGCAGGAGAUGGCUUGGCGAACACAAUACCUCCAGCCGAGACAGCCUUCAAAACCCACAAGACGAAUCGACUCUCUUUACCGAACACACAUCCGAUCACACUGGUGGCUUGACCAGCGGUGUUCAACCUUGUAUCUUUCAAUCUUCACCUCAGCCAGUCUUGGGAUCUCCCCUAAUUCCAGCGUUACUGACCACAAGCGCGCUACAUUCAACCACUCAAAUGUUGGCGCACGUCCAGCAAGGUCGCAAGGCUGAAGUAUGUGUCGAUGCCAAACUAAAUCAACACCUCUUGAUACGGGCCGUCACGCAAGGGUGGAGCGAGGUGGAGACUCUCUGUCCAAUCUGGAAGCUCUUGCGCUUCAUCGAUACUUUGCUUUUUCGAGGUGCCAGUCCGAUCACUCGGUUGGUUAUGCUCCAGACGAUUCAUCAAAUGCUGCUAUUUAAGGGAGGCUGCACAAAGGUAGACCAACUGCCCUCCUGGUACAGACCUAGGCCAACCCAACGGAUGUUUUGUCAUGAUGAAAUUGCAGACUUCUUCGCCUGGCCUGGAAUGAGAGAGCGGCUUGUCCUCUCGUCAGACUUUCAGCUAACUGAUGAAUUUUGGGAAUGCUUUUCAGGGCACUUUCGCUUCCUAUGGCCUUUCCCUUUCGAGGAUAUAUACGGUAUCGACCUUUCGACGGGAUAUUUCCGCUUCUCGGCUUUAUUCGAGAAGCGCCUACAAGAGCUCACCAUGUGGCAAAUGGAGAAGCAAUUCUUUGCACUGUUCCCAGAUUUUGUAGAUGAUAUCAGUGUUGCCGAAACUUGUUGCCUCGAGGCUAUUGAGAAUCCCCUUGGAACACAGAGCAGAAUGCAAGACGUGGAUCUCCGCAAUGGCGCCACCGAGAUCGGUUUUGGUCAAGCCGAGGACUUCGCUCCUGACUUGGUCGUAUCGCCAGAGAUAUCAGGCCAAAUAUACAUUGAACUACUCGGCCUCAAGGAGAGGAGAAGUACGGGAACCUAA